GACACAUCUCACGCGAUCUUUCUCUACCGCCACCUGCUCCUUUCCGCCAAAAACUACGCUCAACACCAUCUUCUCAACCACCCCAUUCUCACCACCGUCUCUACACAAAUAUUCAAAAUGAGCGACUGGGACUCCGUCACGCGCAUUGGAAGCAAGAACCGUGGUGGCCCUGCCAUCCGCGAGACCGUCGUCAAGGGCAAGAGUGCUCUGAACGCCGCUCAGCGCCAGGGUCUCGUUAUCGGAACCGAGAAGAAGUACGCCACUGGUAACGCUGCCGGACGCUCCGGUGCCCCCGAGGGCCAGCACUUGACCAAGGUCGACCGCAGCGACGACAUUGUCAAGCCCAAGACCGUCGGCCACCAGGUCGCCGAUGCCAUCAAGAAGCGCCGUACCGACGAGGGCUACAAGAUGACCCAGAAGGAACUCGCCACCAAGUGCAACACCACCGUCACCGUCAUCCAAGACUUCGAGCGCGGUACCGCUGCCCCCGACCAGAAGGUCCUGAGUGCCAUGGAGCGCGUCCUCAACGUCAAGCUGCGAGGCUCGGACAUCGGAGCAGAGAAGUUCCCCAAGAAAAAGUAAAUUGACUCGGGGGCGAGCCCGCGACUUUUUCUUCCGGGGAAGUUUGCAUGAAGUUUUUUUCUGUCUAAUUUCAUCUUCUCUCCUAAUUCGGCCUUUUCUUCCUUCAAAUCGUCUCGGGUUAUCCUCCAUCAAUUUCGCACUUUUUCUUUUAUCCGGAUGUCACGUCUAACGCACCUUUUCUUCUCAAUAUGAGAUCUCAUGAUUCCUUUUUCUUUACCCAAUUUUUUCUCCUUUGUUUAUCUGCUGGUCAGAAGAGCGCUGGCCCGGUAUCCAAGACGGAGUCCGUUUUUAUUUUGUCAUUCAGAACAAAGACAAAGACUUUUUUUCCCCCCGAAUCAUACAAAAUUCGGGAUGCUGCUUGGUGGAUAUUGAAACUUCCUGGUUUUAUGCAUUUAGUCGGGCGCGAUAGAAAAUGUUGCCUAGCAAAUUGACCUCGG